UUCUGCUCGUAUUUCUUCCCUUCUUUUAACGUGAAGGAUCUUCACACUGUGGACAAUGGGAUCCUGCAGCAUCUCUAUGCAACUGUGGAUAGUGGUGAAUGGGACGUGCUGAUUGCUCACUACCUGAGCAUGGACCACUGUGGGCACAAACAUGGACCUGAUCAUCCUGAAAUGGCUAAGAAGCUCACCCAGAUGAAUGAGAUGCUCAGGUCCUUGGUGGAUCACCUGGGGAAUGACACCCUUCUUCUGGUGGCUGGGGACCAUGGCAUGACAGAGACCGGAGACCAUGGCAGCAACAGUGAGAAGGAAAUGAAUGCAGCGCUGUUUGUGUACAGCAAAACACCCCUAUCUGGCACUGGCCCUCCUGAGGAGCCUGAGGCCAUUCCCCAGGUGAACCUGGUGCCCACUGUGGCCCUGCUGCUGGGUGUGCCCACCCCCUACAGUAACAUCGCGGAGGUGAUGGCUGAGCUUUUCUCUGGGGAUGGCGACACUGUGUCUGCAGCCUUGCAGCAGCUCUCGGUCUAUCACAUCAACACCAAGCAGGUGGACCGCUUCCUGCACUCCUACUCGCUGGUGGCUCAUGACCCGCCAGCAGAGCAGCUCCAGCACCUGCAGGAGCUCUUCUCCAGUGCUGUGGAGGAGCACACGCAGCUCUUGGCUCAGGUGCAAGGGGCGACACUGGUGCCUCUGGAGCUGGAGUUCAGCCUGGGAAGCUUCAUCGGUCGCUUCUGGCUCUACCUGCGGGAGGCACAGGCUGUGUGCACCCAGCCCUGGGCCCACUUCCAUCCCCUGCGUAUGGUGGGGGGCUGCACCCUCAUUGCCACUUCCUGCUUGCUCUGCUACAUGGCCUCAGAGCUGGCUGCAGCCUCUCAGUGUCGGGAAAAUCAGUCUGCUGGGACUGAGGGUAGCAGCCUGUUCCUAUUUGAGUUGCUGGGCUUUGUGAUGAGCAGCACGUGCCUCCUGCUGGGGAUCUCCCUGGUGAUGCGUGUGGACUGUGCCAUCAGCACCUUGUUCGGCCAGCUUCAGCUCAGUGGGAGGAGUCUGCUGCAGGAGGCCAAGAAGCAAGAGUCCUGA